AUGACGUCCUCAACGGAGGCUGCUCUGGCGAUUGCUACGCCACAGGUCCAGCAUGCCUCCUCACUCAGCUCCGCUCCACAUCACAUACGGAAUCAAGGCGAAGUCUCUGCAGGUAGUCCGGCCACUCAUACGCGCAACAGUUCUGCUCAACAACGAGUCUCGCCGAGUCCCUCUGCAGUCAGCGUGACCGAUCAUGCCGAUACGAGUAUGUAUCCACCAGACCAACCCAUCGCCUCCACAUCCGCCCACACUUUGGAUCACGACCUGCUCACAACGAUUCGGCCAGAUGAAUUGGCGUCCGAACAGACGAGUGGGACCACAGUGACUCCGGUAGCUCUUGAUCAGCCGAGCUCCCCAGACAAGCUGAAUGCUCAGCUUCUUGCAUCCUUGGCGGAUCCCAACUUUGAUGCUCAGUCCAGCCCGACAACAUUGGCGAGUGUGGGUACGAGCAGACUGCAAGUACCGAAUGGCGGCAUAGACGCACUUGCCACAUUGACAGGCAUCCCAGCGUCAUCCGCUGCGCAGCUCGCGAGCGCUGCUGCGCAUCAGCAGACCGUUGCCUCUGAUGGAGAUGUUUCAGGCCCGUUGGACAUCAUCCUCAGCUCUGGCAUAGAUGGAAGCACUGGCGGACCUGAGCAGCCGAGCAUGGACGCGGCGGAUGUGCAGCUGGUCCAGCCCCAUGAUCAGUACAUCAAAAUGGAGGAAGUGGAGGGGUCCGCCGGCCAAGACUUCUCGCAUGAUCCACCAGCAGGCCCAAUUCAAGCCUAUGCAAAGCUCGAAUUUCCCGGUUUCUCAUACUACUUGCAGACGCUGGAUAUUUCGAUUGGACGCAGACCUGCCCACAUUCCCGCCCCAGAGUUUAGCGCUGCGGGCGAAGCUCAUAUUACCUCGGCGCCCAAGGUGCAGGGAGACGUGGAUGUGGAUUUGGGGCCUCUGAAGUCCAUCUCGAGACUGCAUGCCCGCAUCUAUUAUCACGUGGGUUACUUUCCAGCUUUGCACGAUCAGGCCGUCUAUGGACAUGACAGUCCUGGACAACAAUGGGAUGCACAGCCAGAAGGGAUCACACCCGCAAGCAUUGGCAAACAACAUCAAGGUCGCUUUGUGUUGCAAGUUUAUGGCAGGAACGGCGCGUUCGUAGACGAUGUUUGGGUCGGCAAAGAUGGAGUGGUAGCGCUCCAGUCGAAGCGGUGAGUGAGCUUUCUAGGGCGCUGGCCAUCGUUCCGUCCCCUUCUCCGAUAUCGCUCGGGCGGCCACGUGGCUCACACCACUCACCUGCUCUCGCGUGAACCAGGAUCAAAAUUCAAAUAGCAGAGCGGGUAUUCUAUUUUGUUCUCCCUCCCAUGGAGAACAGAACCUCUGCAGAAGGCUCGCAGGACGAGAUGGAACUAUCAGCGGACGAAGGAGUUGAUGGAGAGGAAAGCGGACCCUCGGACCUAUCAGGAGAGGAAGAGGAAUUAGACUCCCAGGAUAUGUCCUCUGAGCUUUCUUCCUUAGGCGAGACAUCCGAAAAAGGACCUGACGACGCGCAAAGGAAGCGCAGGCGACUCAUCAUCAAGAGAAGACGGAAGGAAGAUGAGGAAGCUAUGCAGCUUGAUUCGUCUCUCGCAGACUCAGCACAGGCUGUCACCAAGCUUGAGCCAGAAGCUUUGCAAGCAAGCGCAAACAUGGUCGACGCCGAGGAAGGCCAACGCACCUCUACCAGCCCGCAAAAGCACCGCAAGCCUGGCUUGAUCGCGAAUUGGAUGACAGGCGUCGGUAUUGCGGGGCGCAAGCGCAAGCGAGGAGAGCAGCUAGAAGAGGACGCCCUGCGUGUGGGCACCCCGAUCGGUAUAGAGGCCCUGGAUGCCGAACGGCGGGCUAAAGCCGCUGAAAAGAAGGCCGCUCUGGCCGCUCAGGGUCGGGAGGCCUCUUCAUCAGCCACCCCCAGCGCUUCAGCCUAUGGUUCCAGCGUAGCGCCCACCGAAGCUCAGCCAGUUGUGCAGGCGAAUGGGACAUCGCAGGCUGCCACGAAGGCUGGCCCACCAAUUGCGCUGGGUGCGACUGCUGCGACGACCAAACCCGAGCAUUCAGCUCCUGACAAAGCAGCAGCAGCAGCAGCAGCAGGAACAGCAGACUCAGCGCCAGAAGCUAGCAGAGUGCAAACGACUUUGACAGCGAACGUGGUCAGCUCAAACACAAUCAAGGGUGAAGACACUCAGCCAAGCUCAGCACAGAUUUCUUCAAACGCUGGUCCAGCGCCGCCUGCAGGCAGCAAGGUCAUUGCAUCUGCCACGACUAGUCGACCUGUUGCAGCUGUGAACUCCGCCCCGACCAGCAAAGGUACUUCGAGUGGGAAAGCAGCGCUCGCGGCAGUCAUUCCGGAGAAUCCGAAAGUCGAUAGUGAGGGCAAACCAGAACUGACAAAUCAUCAGCUGAUUAAGUUAGCACUCACCUCCGAGGCGCUACUUCAGGCCGGCAAGGCUUCCUUGCAAGAUGUGUACGACUACAUGACUGGUCGGUGGGACUGGUUUCGCCGGAAUGCAAGAGGAAAUGGAAAGGACUGGAAGAGCUCGAUCCGACAUGCGAUCACUUCGUCUUCAGAAUUUAUCAAGAUUGCGCGACAGGCUGAUGAUCCCGGCAAAGGUUCUUUUUAUGCUCUGGCUGCGCUCAUGGCCCCCGAAGAUGUCGCGAAGCUACAACAGGCUGCCAACAAGCCAGCGCCAUCUCAAGCUGUCACGCCUGCUGUCAAGCCUGCAAAGCUGCCCAUGCUACCAUCUUCUCCUCAACAGUCACCGCGACCGACAACGAACGGCAUUACUCCGACGUCUGUAACGCCAAAGGGUGGCCACCUUGGCCCGCAGUCAGUCGUGCGCCCUCUGCAGUAUCCCCGGCCUCCGCAAGCAGCUGCGCGGCCAGUCUCCGCUGCGGGUCCCCGACCAACUUCAGUAGCCUCUGCAGGGCACACAUCAGUAUCGGCCGGCCCCGGUGCUAAACCACUUGGGCUCAAGUCAGCAACAGUCGUGUCCGCCCCGUCUGCUGCGACUGUUGGCCAGUCUCCUACAGCCUCAGCUGCUGAGCCGGGCUCAGCAAAGGCCAAUGCGAGUGUCGUCGCGCCGAGCAAUACUGCCACCUCGAAUAGCACUCAGCAGGGCGUCGCAGACGCGUCUUCAUCUGGCGAGCAAAGCGUGUCGAGAGCUGCGCAUAGUAGCCCAAGUCGGGCCUCAACAGCUCGGGUGGCCAUUGUGAUCGGCAAGCCGCCUGAGGAGGCCAAGCUUCCGCAGCACACUGACAAUGCCAUGGCAGGCUCGAUCAAUGCACUGUUCGGCGGCCCUCCGAUUGUGCAUCACGAAGGCAAGCUUUACUUGAGUCCUCAAGUCUUUGGUCGAUUGUCAGAGCAGGAAAUCAACAGGAUCGCAGGUCUAGGUGCUCAACAAGCUCUGCAAGUGCUUCAAACGCACCUCGUCUCCCACCUCCAAGAGCAGAUGGGAGCUAAAGCUCAGCGUGCUCCUAGUGCAGCUUCUCCACCUCCGGCGCGGCCUCUCCCGCCAGCUUCCUCAGCAGGUCACACUCCAGGCGCGACGCUUCAAUCACGUCCUGCUGGGCCAGCAAGGCCCCGACCGCCAGUUGCUGCUACCCCUCCAUCCUCUAGGCCCGUCGCUGUGCCUUCUAGCGGAAGAGCCGUCCCCCCAAACGGCGUCAGGCCACCUUUAUCUGGCGUCAGACCCGGGAGCACAACACCUUCAAGACCUUUUCCAGGCUCGCCUCCCAGUGGAGUCCGCCCCGGCUCUGCUGCAGCUCGACCUCAAGCGGCUGUCAACCCUGCAGCUCCUCGUCCAGCACCUGGACCUACCGCGCCUGGACGCCCGCCCAUCGCUGCAAGACCUGCAGCGCCUGGCGCUCGUCCACCUGCCACUGGACCAAGACCUCCUGCCACUGGGCCGAGACCGACAAGUGCCCCUCGACCUCUCAUGCGACCUCCUGGUGCGCGCCCACCUGGUACCUACGUGCCGCCGACCAUUGCAGAGGCAGUAUCCGCUUUGCUAUCGUUUCCGUCACAUGCGGAGUACGCGAAUCUCAUGGCUAUUCUGAAGAAGCAACAAGAGGCAGGCAUCGGCGCACCUGCACCACACUUGACACCCGCUCAGGCUGAUUUGCUUGCUCAGGUCAACAAGCUCGCGCUCCAGCGCAAGGGGAGUGCUGCUAGACCAUCUCCGCCAAAUGCUGCUCGACCCCCGACCGGCAGACCGCAAGCCAUUGCGUCUUCUUCCGCGUCGCCUACAGGCUCAACUCCCGCUCGCCCUGCCCCUUCUGGCCCUCCUGGCGUGCGACCACCAGCUGUGCGACCACUGAUGAGCACGGUGCCGUCCCGGCCCCCACCCACCAUUACCACGCGCCCACGGCCGCCGACUGGCACCACACCGAGUGGUCCUCAUCCAGUGCAGCAGUCUGGCUCAGCCGGUGCUGCUGGAGCACGACCACCAGGUACCCUGCCUGGCAAGGGUCUCAAUGGGGGCGCAACACCUCCGAGGCCUCCAGUUCCCAGGCCGACGCAGCCUAGACCACUUGCUCAGCCUGUUGUGAGCCCCGCAAGGCCUGUUGCCCCCUCCGUACCGAAGACUACCCUAUUGGGUUCAGCAAAUCCAGCACCAGCCAGACCUGUGCCAGCAGGCUCGCAGCCCAACCUCAGCGCUUCGCCGAAGGUCGCAGCGAAGCCGGCAGCCUCGCCUGCGCAAGCGCAAGCGCCGAGCACGUCUACUUCCGCGGCACUCUCGCAGCCAAAACCCUCAAAUGGGUCCAAUUGA